CAUACAAAGAGUUCAUUAUGUUACUGCAUAAGAUCGAGUGUGGUCAUUUAGUGCGCACAAUAGUAUCAUCUGAACACAAUCAUGUUGAAAGUGGCCGUAGUGACCGGCUCCAACAAGGGGAUCGGCUUCUCCAUCGUGAAGGGACUGCUGAAGAGGUUCCAAGGAGUAGUGUUCCUCACGUCCAGAGACGAUGCCCGAGGGAAGGCUGCGGUCGCCAAGCUGAACGAGCUCGGCUUCUACCCCGAUUAUCAUCAGCUCGACGUCACAGAUACAGACAGUGUUGCCACAUUCGCGAGUUACGUCAAAGCGAAGUAUGGAGGCAUUGACAUCUUAAUCAACAAUGCUGCAGUCUGCAACUGCUCUGAACUGUACCUCUCCUACGAGGAAACCAAGUACAUCAUCGACGUCAACUACUACAGCUUCUUCAUCAUCCAAGAGCACUUGUAUCCACUGAUCAGAAACAACGGGCGUAUUCUCAACAUUUCCAGUGAUUGUGGCCAUUUAUCUAACGUGAGGAAUGAAUAUUGGAUUAAGAGGCUCUCCAGCAAAGAUCUCACGGUAAAGGAUAUUAAUGAGUUCGUGGAAUGGCAUUUGGAUGCUGUGAAGAAUGGAACCUUCAACAAGUCUGAUUUCGCUGAUGAUGGAACUAUAGCUGCGUACAGAGUGGCCAAGGUGGGGGUGAGUGCGUUGACGAUCAUCGAGCAGAGAGAACUGGACGCGAGGAAUAUUGCCGUGAACUCCAUGCACCCAGGGUUAGUGCGCACGGACAUGACGAAGGGCGUCGGCUUCUAUGAUGCAGACCAGGCUGCCGAAACUCCUCUGUAUCUAGUUCUAGAAGCUCCAGCCAGCAUCAGAGGUGCAUACAUCUGGCAUGACAGACAAGUGUUGGACUGGUAUGAUCCUAAAGCCGAUUGGUAUUUUAAGUCAAUAACUUUUUCGCAGUAGCGUUGAAAAUCAUAACUUUAAAAUAGUUGAUAUUUCUUUGAAAAAAAGGCAAUUACUUAAUUAAAAAUAGCUUUUUUUAAAAUCGUAAGAGGAAAAGGUCGUUACUGCAAUAUUUAACUUUUAAAAAAUAUUUGUAGAAAUGUGAUCUUGUUUAAUAUUAAUAAAAGCCGGCGAUGUUAACAAAAACUGUGUUGAACAUUAAACGGACCCCAGGCAAACUAGUACUCGGCCCAAUAAAGAGGAAUGGCUUUCCUUAUAAAUGUAGUUGAGUCAAAAGAGUUAAUUUAGCGAAGCAAUCACCAUCAAGCUUGGUGUCUCGUGACAAACAUCGCACGACGACGACGCAAUGUCAAGUUCACUACAUUCGGACACCGGCGCGACAAUAUGGACGCCAUACUUAUGUUCAUGGUUAUGAGCUUUCUUCCCGAAAUUAAAUAAAUAUUAUUUUAUACUGUU